UCUGGUUCUACAUCUCAGUCCUGGGGCCUCAAUAUCUAUCUCGAAUUCAGUUCGUACAUCUCAUGCAGGACAAAACUUCCCCAGACCCCGUAUUCUCCAACCCACCUCCGCCUCCCCCUCCAAGUCUAGUCCCAAUCAAACAACCUCAAUCUACCCUACCACAUUCCCUCACACAGCACAACAAACCCAUCCUCCCUCCACCCGCCUAUCCGGUAUACUACUUCUUCUACGGAACCCUAACGUCCGCGAUACAAGUUCAACGGAUCCUCGACCUACCCGAGGAGCCACAUCUCCGCGAAGCAAAAGUGUCUGGCUACGCCAUUGCUAAAUGGGGCGAUUAUCCUGCCCUUAUCAAUGGGGAGCAAGGACAAGUGGUGACGGGGUCUUCGUACCUAGUGAAAUCCGAAGAAGAGGCGCAGAAACUAGCGCAUUAUGAGACGAAUGCGUAUGAAGUUACAGACUGCUGGAUCUUUUUCAAGGAUGGGGAGGAGCCGGACAAGGUUGUUGGGAAAGUUUUUAUGUAUGCCGGGGAUGCGCAGGCGCUACUGGAGCAACGAUUUGAUCGGAAGCUUUGGGGGAAGCAGAUGGGAGGGAAUUUAGGGUUUUAGAUAAGAGUCUUGUUUGGUGGUAGUAAUGGAUUUGCUGUCUCUGCUA